AUGGCACAAGUCAAGAAACCUCACCUCAAAGACAAGAAGAUCAAAGAGAGGACGGAUGCACAAGAGGAGUCAGAGAAGAAUGUCGAGAUCAUAAACAAACCUCCUACAGAUCAGCAGGCAGAUGAUGAGGAGAUGUUGGACAAGCACGAUGUUGAGAUGGUUGACAAGGAGACGCGUCAGCUCAUACAGCAGAUGAAGGACCUCAGCUUGCAGAUGAAGCACGAGUUAGAUCAAUGGCGGGCUACGGGAGCAACAUCAACUGAACAUGUACAAGGACAGCAGAACAACAUGCAAGCCCAGCUUGACAGGUUGACAGAGAUUGCAAACAGACACGAUGAAGAGAUUGACGACCUCAGAGGCCUUUCAGACUUCACGCAUGAGAUCGUUUUCGAACGUGAGGCCAAGUACACUACCCUCAAGAUGAUCAUCAAAUCGUGGCCGCAGCGUGCAACAUACUACGACAGAGUCAGAGUUACUGAUUGGCUGUUACAGCAAGCUCAUGUACAACAAUAUACCAAGCAGGAGCAUGGGUAUUAUACUUCUGGACGCAAGUUUGUUCUCUCACCAGUUACCAUUCUGACCUUUGAAGACCAAGAUGCGCAUCAGAUGUUUGAAAAGUUUGCCUACACGAGCUUUUCUGCGAAGAAACCACUCUAUUACUGGGACUCGUAUGGCAAUUACAUGCAGCAUUGGAAAGGUGGAUGGCACAAGCUGGUCAUCGCCAACGAUAUGGGGAAAAUCGACCAGACGAUAAACCUCGCGCUCAUCACGGUUUUGCACACCUUGACCUCCAGUGAACAGACGGGCUAUGCAGGAAAGGACCAGCUCUCGCACAGACCUUCGGACAAGCAGAUCUUUGACCUGAACACCAAAUCAGCAGUGGCCAAAGCAACCUAUGACAAAGACCAAGGUGUACUUGCAAUCGUUCUCCAGAAGAGCUUCGUUGAAGUCGUACGAACAAACUGGCAUGAAGCGUGGCGCGUUGCACAUCGAGACCACCCAAGAUUUAACGACUAUAGCAGAUUUCCGUACGUUUGCACGUUUGCCGGUGCCAGAACCGAGGAAGGAGCUGAUGAGGAUGAAAUCAAAAAUGAGUGA